AUGGCCCCAUCAGAAGAAGCAGAUAACGACGUAACUCAAGCACCCGCGUCUAAACGGCGUCGCGUCGCGGUCGCCUGCGAUGCAUGUCGAACGCGCAAGUCCCGCUGUGACGGCGUGAGACCUCGAUGCUCGCUAUGUCGAGACCUGGGGUUCGAAUGUGUGUAUACACCGCCGCCCACGGCGACGAAUGUUAUUGUGCAGAAGGAUUAUUUACGGGGGCUUGAGGAGAGAGUUAAGAGGUUGGAGGAGGGGAUGGUUGGUGUUAGAGGGGAUAUUGAUGGGUUGGUUGGGAGAGUUGAUGGUGUGCAAGUGCAGGGUGUUGCUACUGGAGAUGCAGGCUCGAGUAGUAGUUUGGCAACUGCGAGGAGGAUCGAGGAUGAUUCCGGGCAAAGGGUAGUUUCUGUGGCUGGGUCGGAUCUUAUUGGGACGGAGGAUGCGGUUGAUGCGAUGGGUGCGGUGACAUUUGCUGAUGAGGAAGACUCGGGAUUCUUCGGACCCUCUUCUAACAUUGCAUUCUUGAGACACCUCUCAAGAGCAAUUGUUCAGCACGGAUACCUUUUAUCACCUGGUGCAGCGGAAGGCGGAUUCGUCAAUGCAUCGCGACCACCCUCGCCACCGCGCCAAGCAUCGCAUGAUCAACGGUCAAAAAUCAACAUGUUUGCUCUACCUCCUCAGUCGGAGACAUUGGCCCUUAUACAGCGGUACUUUUCUGAAACGGGACUACUCUUCCCGUACAUAUAUCCGCCUGCCUUUUUGGAGACGUAUCAUCAAACGACGAGAGAGAAUUUCACCAAAGUACGACGAACGUGGCUUGGACUUUUGAACAUGGUUUUGGCAAUGGCCACGAUCACUGCUAUGCCUGGUGGUGCGAGAGCUGAUGCCCGGAUCUCGGAGUCGGAUGUUUUCUAUCAACGUGGUCUAGGGUUGUGUGGCAGCGAGAUCUUACGAGGGACGACUCUGGAAGUUGUGCAAUAUCUCCUACUCAUGGGCCAAUACCUACAAGGCACGCAAAAGUCUGUUCAGGCUUGGACUGUUCAUGGAUUAGCAGUCAAGGCUGCGCUCCAACUUGGUUUGCAUUCCAGAAAUGCAUCCAGGUCAUUCCCCCCACUCGAGCAGGAGACUCGCAAGCGAACUUGGUACGGUUGCGUAGUGCUUGACAGAACCCUGAGUAUGACCUUUGGAAGGCCAAGCUCCAUCCCCGAUUACUACGUGAAACUUGAACUGCCAUCAAAACGCGAUUUCGAAAAGUCAUCAGCAUUUGUGGAUGACGAGACCUCUUAUCUUAGCGUCUCCUUCUUCAACUCAACCAUCACCCUAUACAAACAACUCUGGAACAUCCUCGACCUCCUCUACGGCCAAAACAUCGGCUGCGACACCCCCCUCUCCGUCAGCGAAACAGUCGCCCACAUCUUCAGCAUGGAACAACACCUCUUCUCCUGGGAACGCUCCCUCCCCCCAUCCCUACAACUUGUCUCAACAGCCAUCCUCACCGAAAUGCCUCUAGAUCAAACAUCAUCCAGCUUCCAAUACUUCUCCUGGAAAUUCCGCGUCAUUCUCACCCUCCGAUAUCUCAAUCUCCGUGUUCUACUUCAUAGACCCGUGUUAGUGAAGUUCAUCGCUGCGAGUCGCUCUCCCGAUCGCGAUCCGCAGGAUUUGAAACUCCUGCAGCAGAUUGGCAUGAAUAGUAUGCAGAUUGUUGUUGAGUCGGCAAUGGAGAUUAUUGAUAUUGUGUGGAGGGUUGUGUCGGAGCCUGGGUGGAAGCAGAGUUUGCUUGGGGCGUGGUGGUUUUCGUUAUAUUACACAUUCAAUGCGGCGGUUGUUCUCAUCGGCGCUGUUUGCGUGUAUCGAGAUACAACCCUUUGCAGCGCUUCGAUGACUGCCCAAGCAAAGACAGUGCAGCAGUACCCUGCUCGCGCGGUGAUGGCUCUUGCCAAGCUGGACGAUGGGAAUCGACUGAUUGAUCGGUGUCGGUAUUAUCUGGAGCAGUUUAACAAGAUUUUGGUUGAUUCGGAAACUGAUCUUGAUGGCUUGAUGCCCGCACUGCCGACGCUGACGGGUAUGCGUGGCUCCAACUCCGCGGCAGAUUAUAGUCUUUCGCCAUUUGGAAUGGAGCUUGGGGAGUUUAUGAUGGAUGACGAUCUCGUCGCGAUGAUAGAUAAGCAGGGUCUUUUAACGCAGGAUCCUGGAUCGGCGUAUCCUGUAUGA